CGUGUCUGUUCAUGACACUGAGUAACUGAAGUGACUGAGUGCUGAAGACCGUUACAGGAGGGAGAAAAGGUUGUUUUUUUUUAACGCUCAGUUACAGAAAAUUAUCCGAAUAUUUUUCUACUUGGAAGGAACAUUGCUCUUGACAUGGCCAGCAACGUGAAACAGUGGGUUCUCCUGGCAGCCGGUUCUACAGGCUGGGAGAACUACAGACACCAAGCCGACGUGUGCCACGCAUACCAGGUCGUGCGCCAGAAUGGGAUUCCGGAUGAACAGAUUGUGGUGAUGAUGUAUGAUGAUAUCGCUUAUAAUGAAGAAAAUCCAUUCCCUGGCAACGUAAUCAAUGUACCAAGAGGUCCAGAUGUUUACGAUGGGGUUCCAAAAGACUACACUGGACAGCAUGUGUCAGCUGAAAACUUCCUGGCUGUCCUGCGUGGAGAUUCACGGGCUAUCAGGAAAAGAGGAAGGAAAAAAGUCAUCAAAAGUCGUGCAAAUGAUUCUAUCUUCAUCUACUUAUCGGACCACGGAGGCCACGGAGUCUUUCACUUUCCUAAUUCUACACUUUAUGCACAUGACCUCAUCGACACAGUGAGAGAGAUGUCCAGGAAUGGCAAGUUUUCACAGAUGGUUAUUUACAUGGAAGCGUGCCAUGCUGGAUCAAUGCUGGACGCGCUGCCACAAUUAGGCAACGCGUAUGCCGUUGCGGCGAGUACGCCAGAUGAGAGCUCAUAUGCUUGCUUCUUCGACAAGAAAAGGAACGCAUAUAUCGCUGAUAUUUUCACAGCUUACUGGCUAAACCACACCAAGAGAAAAAAUCUCAGGUUCAGCACUCUGGAGGAACAGUUUUAUUAUAUAAAAGAAAACGUCAGAGAGACUGUGGCAGAAUGGGGAGUGAGUCAGACACCUUGUCAUUAUGGGAACAUGUUCAUGCUCCAGUUACCCCUGAGUGAAUUUCUGGGACAGUCUUCUGGCGACGUCAGGAGGAUUUACAAAUCCCAGUCACGCAACUUUGAAGUGACCGAUGUCGUAGAAAGCGCAAAUGUUCCGCUGUUAAUCCAACAAAACAGGAUUAGAAAAGAACGGAACCCCAGAAGGAGAGAGGCUCUUGAAAGAGAACAUAAUGAUCUUAAGAGAAAGCGGAGUACAAUGGAUAAGGCCGUGCAGAAGAUUGCUCAGCGCUGCACAUCCGAUCGAGGUUUACGAGCUCUGAGUGAAAAACACGAGGUGACUCGAACGUACGCUCUCAAAUCCGUGGCCGAGCAUUUUAGGACAACUGUCUUCAACUGGGAUGAAGAGCCGUUUGUUUUCACCCGUUCACACCUGCAGGUUUUAGUGAAUCUGUGUGAGUGCGGUCUGGAGGUUAGGAGCAUCACUGCAGCCAUUGACUAUGUCGGUCAGAGGAUUCAGUUCUAAAGAAAAACACAAGCAAAGCUACGGAGCGACAGCAGAUUUCAUUCUUCUUAAACGCUUCAUUGUGAUUGGCUCAGCGUUCUAUACAUGCAGUCAUAUAAAAUGUCUUUUGUUUAUAAGAAGCAUGUAUUGAGUUAAGUGUAUCUUUUUUAACACUCUGAUUUAAUUGGAUAGUCGGGAACAUGUUACUGUUACUAUAUAUUUUAUUCAUAAUGAGAUUAAAUACUUGUUUUAUGCUCCCUCCAAAAAGUGAUGACAACAUGUACAUACAGUACAGGUCACAAUCCUUUGCUUUUAUUUCUUUUUUUUGUUCUAUUUUAAACAAAGGGGACUUUUUAAAACAAUCACUUUUCAUGAAUCAUUAUUAAAAUAGAAUUAGUUUUAGAUGUACUCGUAUGACGGUAGUAAAUCAUGUUUGUAAUUGUGAUUUUCUACUGUAACUAUAACCACAUUCUGGAAUAAAGAGUAUAAAAGUGUUCACAAGGAA